UAAAAGAGUGUUAAUGUCUGCUCAAGACCAAGAGAGUGUUAUCGAAGAUUACUCCAAUAGUAGCAGUGAAGAGGACGAACAAGAGCUCGAGACCAAGCAGAACGAACUAGUGGGGAAUAUCAAGUCCAUACUUAAGAAGGAAGGCCAGAAGCCUAAGAAAGGAACUAAGAUUGUGAGGAAGGAAGUCAAGCUGAUCGGCGCAGGAGAAGAUAACAAGCUUACUAUGAAUGAUUUCUUGAGGUCUAUUGAGGGAGCUCAAAGUAAGCAAGACACGACCAAAGGAGAAAAGAUAUCAAAUGAAGCUGGUAUUAGUUCUGCUGCUUUGAAGAAGCAACUUAACAAAAUUUCGAAAGAAAUUGCAUCUGGAGCUCCAGCUCUACAAGCUCCUAUGUCUGGAGUUAAGAAGCAAAGACUUGAAAGAAAGGCUAACUACGAAACCAAUAAAAAGAAGGCUGCUAAAUGGCUUAACCAGGUCAAGAAAAAUAGAGAAAGUGACUAUGUUGACUUCACAAUUGAGGAAAACAGGACAAAAGGAGCUACCUUAGCAUCAAUGGCUACAGAAUUUACUCCUAAGGACGACCUUGAGAAACAAAUCCAAGACGCUCUUGUCAAGGAUGGAAUAGCUACUGAGAAAGACAUCAUGGAGAAAGAAAAAAAGAAUUUACUCGAGCUUGACCCAGAAGAACUCAAAAGAAGGAUGAAGCAUAUGCAUAAAUUGAAGAAUCUAUUGUUCAGACAAGAGCUCAAGAACAAGCGUUUAGCCAAGAUUAAAUCUAAGCUCUACCAUAAGAUCAAGAGAAAGGCUAAAGAGAAAGAAGAGGGAAAACUCCUUGAAGAACUAGAACUCAUCGAUCCUGAAGCAGCUAAGGAGUACAGAGACAAAAUUGAGGAAAAGAGAGUGGAAGAAAGAAUCAGUCUUCGUCAUGGAACGACUUCUAAAUUCGCUAAAAAUCUCAAGAGAUACGGAAAAUUCACAAGUGAUGCUAACAAAGACGCAUAUUUUGACUUGAUGAGACAGAGAGAUGAGCUCUCCAAAAAGACAAAGAAUGUGAACACUUAUAAAGAUGGUGAAGAAGAGAGCGAUAUUUCUUCAGAUGAAGCUAACGACACUCUCGACAAACUUAAGAAAGAAGCACUCCAGAACAUUGAUCAAAAUAUUUCAGACAGUGAGAGUGAGGAGAGCAAUUCUGAUGAAGAAGGAUUUGAUGAGGACAAGAUUGCCAGGAAGAAAGCCAAACAAGAUCAAAAGAAAAACAAAAAGACCGGCAUCCUAGGAAUGAAAUUCAUGCAAAAGGCAGAAGCUGUGCAGAAAGAGAUCCUUAAGCAAAAAUCUAAGGCCCUCAUUGAUGAAAUUAAUCAAUUGAGUGAAGCUGAGGGAGAAGAUGAUGAAGAUGAUGACAUGGAAGAUGAAGAUACUACCAAUAUUAAGCAAAAGCAAGGAUCCUCCAAGCAGAAGUUUAAAGGAGAAAAUGAAGAGACUGCUAUGAGAGCAGACAUCAACCUCGAGACUGAAGAUGUUCAGGAAUUAGUCAGUGAUAUGAACAAGAAGAAGAGUAAGAAAUCUAAAUCUAAGGAAUCAAAGAAAGACCAUAUCGAUAAAGCAAUAGAAGAUGCUGAGGUUCCAACUGCAAAUGACUUAGUAGAGCAAUGGCAAGAAAGCGUGAACAAGGUUGCUGGAAAGAAGAGAAACAACAAGCAGCUGACCUUUAACCAGGAGACUGACCUGAAAGACUUCAAGAUUGAUGAAAUAAAGAACAGAAAGAGAAUUAAAUUUGAAGACAUUGACGAUGAAGAUGAAGAAAAACGAAAGUUCUAUGUCACCAAUGAAGACCUUGAAAAGGAAGAAUUUGAAAAGCAAAAGCAAACUCUCAUUGAGGAACAAAUGGAGGAAGAACUUGGUGAUGAGGAUAAGAAGAAAGAGAAGCCCAUGGAUGGAUGGGGAUCAUGGACUGGAGAAGGAAUUACCAAAUCAAGAGCUGAAAUAAACAAAGAGAAGAAGAGAAGAGAGAGGAAGAUUAAAGAGAUAAAGGAUAAGAGAAGGGAUAACAAGAAGGCAAAUGUUAUCAUCAAUGAAAGCAGAGAUAAAAAGUUUACCAAAUAUAUGGUCUCUGAGCUUCCUCAUCCAUUCAAGUCUGCUGGACAAUUCGAACAAUUGAUGAAUGUUCCAGUUGGAAAAGAAUGGAACACUCUUGCUAGUUAUAAGAGACUCAUCCAACCUGAAGUACUACUCAAGGCAGGAAAGAUUAUCAAACCCUUGAAAUUCAAGAAAGAUAUUUCAUUGAAGGCAGUUGAAGCAUUGGUUCAAAAUCGUAAAGAUCCUUCAAGACCAGCUGCUAAGUUCUAAAUAUUCUCUAAUAAGCUCAAUACCAAGA